AUGACGUUCAAAAUCCCACCCCCGCAACCCCAGUACUCCAAACUAUCUUUCCCGGCCCCUCACAUCCUCCUCGUCACGCUCUCCCGCCCGAAAGACCUCAACUGCAUCAACUCCACAGGCAACACUGAACUCCACGCAAUUUGGGAAUGGCUCGAUGAUGAGCCCUCGCUGCGCGUGGGGAUUAUCACGGGCGAGGGGAGAGCCUUUUGUGCGGGGGCUGAUUUGAAAGAAUGGAAUAAUUCAACCCAAUCAAACGCCAAACGCAACCCUAUGCCCCCUUCCGGCUUUGGCGGCCUCUCCCGCCGCACGGGCAAGAAGCCCAUCAUCGCCGCCGUGAACGGAUUCGCUCUCGGCGGUGGCUGCGAAAUGAUCACAAACACCGACAUCGUUAUCGCCUCGGAAAGGGCCUUUUUCGGGUUCCCUGAGGUAGCACGCGGCGUUGUUGCGUGGGCGGGGGCCCUUCCCCGGAUUGUAAGGACGGUGGGGAAACAGAGGGCUAUGGAGAUGGUGCUUACGGGGAGAAAGGUGUCGGCGAAGGAGGCGGAAAAGUGGGGGUUUGUGAAUGAAGUUGUUGCUGGGGAGGGAAAGGAGGUUGUUGAGAGGGCGGUUGCGGUUGCGCAGUUGAUUGCGGCGAAUAGUCCUGAUUCAGUCAUUGUAAGUCGAGAGGGGGUGAAGUUGGGAUGGGAGGGUAUUGGGGCUGAGGAGGGUACGAGGUUGUUGCUCGAGACUUGGGAGAAGAAGCUUAAUGCUGGGGAAAAUAUCAAGGAGGGGUUGAAAGCCUUCGUGGAAAAAAGGGCCCCCCAGUGGAAGGAGAGUAAGCUAUAG